AACCUGAACCUUUCUUGAGCUGUUAGUUGCUUUUGUAAGGAAAUAUAAUUAUAACUAUAAACAUGGAAGAAAGCGUUGCUUUAGAUUCAAGUAAACAAAAGCAAUUCGUUAAGUCUGUCAGAGGAAUAAAGAAACUUUUAAAGAAAAAGAGUAAAAAAUCUGUAACAUCAGAUACGGGUAACAAAACAGUGCCAAUUGAGAAACCAGAACCUACGAAAAAAAUAAAAUCAGAAAAGAAGCCAAAAUUAGAAAAAAAUAAAAAGAAAACUAGUUUAGAGGAGAAAAAACCCAAAACGUUUAAGAAACGUGAAAAGAGAGGUUUAGUAUACCUUGCCCACAUUCCUCAUGGAUUUUACGAGCACCAAAUGACAGAGUACUUCAAACAGUUUGGAGUAGUAACCAAUGCUAGAGUGAUAAGAUCUAGCCGCACUGGAAACUCAAAGGGCUAUGCUUUCGUUGAAUUCAAAGAACCUUCUGUUGCAGAAAUUGUUGCAGAAACUAUGAACAAUUAUUUAAUGGGAAAGAGAUUGUUAAAAGCUGUAUAUAUACCUCCUGAGAAACAAAAAUUGCAUGCUUUGAGAAAAAACUGGAAUAAUCAAAAUAAUCCAGCUAGAGAUCACACACUGAAAAUGAAAAGGGCAUUGAAUGCUGAUAAAACUGACCAGGAAGAGUUAUUAGUUGCAGAGAAACUGUUAUCCAGUCUCUCAAAUAACAAAAAAAAAUUGAAAGUAUUGGGUAUAGACUAUGAUUUCUUUAUGCCAGUAGAUGUUCCAGAAGGCUUAAAAGAAAAGGUAGAAAAAGUUGAGGAUAAAGUCAAAGAAGUGAGUUCCAAUACAGGAAUAGAAUCAAAAAAGAAAAUUAAGGUAGAAGAAAAAAUAACAAAGACCAAACAGAAGAAAAUUAAAAAUGAACCCACAGAAAAUAAAAAUAACAUUGUGAGUUUAAAGAAAGAAAACAAUAAAAAUAAGAAACAACAGAACAAAAAUAAAAACAACAUAAAAUCUAAUGAAAAUCAACCAGAAAAGAAAAAUCUAGUUCAAGGAGUUGAUAUUAAAAAUCAGACAAAUAAACAACAAAAGUUGAAAGUGAUUGAGCUAAAGGCAGAUGAUUUUAUAAACAUCAACAAUUCAGACAAUGAUGAUGAUGAUGACAGUGUAGAUUUUGAUUCUGAUGAAUUUGAAAAGAUGAUUGAAAAUGAUGAUGAUGAAGAUGUUGACGAUGAAGAUGUUGAUGAUGAAGAUGUUGAUGAUGAAGAUGUUGACGAUGAAGAUGUUGAUGAUGAAGAUGUUGAAGAUUUAUCAGAAGCUGACGAGAGUGAUGAUUUGAAUAAGAAAGUUAUACAAACGAAACAUAUUAACAAAAAAAUUAUGCCUAUUGUUUCCCAAAGAGAUUAUAGUACAUCAAAAACAACAUUAAAGAAUAAACAAGGCAAAGAAAUUCCUAAAGUAAUGGCAGAAAAGAGGAAGAAAGUCAUCAUUGCUCCAGUAACUUCAAAAAAGGCAAAAUUUGAGAAGCAAAAUAAGAAGACAUUAAAUAAAGUAAUUAAGAAGAGAAAAUAAAGAUUUAACUAUU